UCGAGCAGCGCUUCAUCUUCGUCGCCAUCCACCACCGCCAUGGCAUCGUCCUCGAGCUCCCCGUGUGCCGCCUGCAAGUUCCUGCGGCGAAAGUGUACGCCCGAGUGCGUCUUCGCGCCGUACUUCCCGCCGGACCAGCCCCACAAGUUCGCAAACGUGCACAAGAUCUUUGGAGCCAGCAACAUCACCAAGCUGCUCAACGAGCUCCCCCCGCACCAGCGCGAGGACGCGGUCAACUCGCUCGCCUACGAGGCCGACGCCCGCGUCAAGGAUCCCGUCUACGGCUGCGUCGGCGCAAUCUCCAUGCUCCAGCGCCAAGUAGCGCGCUUGCAGCACGAGCUGGCCAUCGCCCAGCAGGAUCUCGCGAGGUACACAAGCGCAUCAGUGCCGAUGGUGGCCGUGGCGGCGGCGGCGCAGCAACAUCCACAUCCACAACACCCACAUCCGCACCAGCAACAACACCAGCAAUCGCCGCAAGCUCAUCCACCGCAGGCCGGGGCGGCCCAUCUGGGAAUUGGGCAGCAGCAGCAGCACGAGCAGCAGAUGUUCACGAGGGACCAGCUGCUGGAGAUCGCGAGGGAGCAGCACCUGACGCGGGAGCAAGUGAUGGACAUCGCGAGAAUCGGUGGGGGAUCGUAUGAGGCGGGGCUGGCGGUGCUGGGAUUGAGCCCGCUGGGGCCGUUUGCGGCGUCGUCAACGCGCGGGUCGGGGAGCGAGAGCGGAGCCAGCGGCGGUGGCAGCAGCGGCGGAGGCUUUUAUCACUAGGAGAGAGAUACAUGCUGCUGCUCAGGAACUGGGGAGGGGGGUCCCGGCUUUUGUUUUGAGUCAGGUUGGAGGCAAGCCAUUCUCUUCGGGAUCCAGGGCCUUGCCUUCUCACAGAGGUCGGGGUCGGGUGUUUAUCCAGUCGGUGCAUCGUUUUGGCCGGAAGGGGCAUUUUGUACGAGAGAGCGGUGUGGAAGAAGGCAAACUUUAUACACAGGAUAAAGUUGAAGCGCACGGCGUCGGAAGUUGAUGAGGAUCAGUUUGACAACAGAGAUGGAAAGGGAGAGCUGCUCUCUUGGGCUCUCGUCUCAGCUCGCAGCAGCAAGCCAGAAGCUACCAACGGAGAUCUCUAUUGCCCAUCGCUCCGAUACUCCACAAGUGAGAGCUCAGUGUAGCAGCAGCAGCAGCAGCAGCAGCAGCAAGCGCAGUGACUCACAGGCAAGCGCAGCAGCGAGCGGGCAGCUUUUUUGAUCCAAGCAUACAAACAAUUCACACUCACUACAUACACUUCCACUUUGGGUCUACGGACAUGGCGAGAUUGAACGUGAAAGAGACCACCACACCGUAGGUACGCCUCGUCUUCAUUUUCUUGCGUCCUCGGGAGAGAAGGGGGGCUAAUUCUCGCAAUCUGUCGCCGUUUCUUCAUUCACAGCUUCCCCCAUUCGGCAUCGGUUUAUAAAAGCCGCCUCUCGGCAGAGGCGAAGCGGUCACAGAGGGGGAUAGAAGAAAGGCAAAAAAGUAUAUACACAGGAGAGGUGAUGGAAGGAUCAUCACUUCAUCAUCACUUCACUUUGGUACUUUCUUACAAGAAAGAGCAGGAGGAGGGACACACAAAGUCCAAGAGAAGGCGAGAGAGAAAAGGUGGGCCUCUUCCUCUCUCUCUCUCUCUCUCUCUCUCUCGUUUCACUUACUACUAAGCAGCAGCAAACGCACCGUGCACGGGCUCAGCGGCAGUGUACCACGUGCAACAACACACACAUAGGCAGAGAGAAGCAGUGCGCAGGCUUUCUUGUGCUUGGAGGAGAUCAGAGGCCUCUACCACGGAAGCAGUCCAGUCCAGCCCAGCCAAGCCCAGGCCAGGCCAGGCCAGGCCCCAGAGGAUGAGAAAGCGAAGAAAUGGAUAGAAAAACAGGGAGGAGGAAGAAGAGGCAAGCGCCUUUAGCAGUCCAUCACAGACAGCUUGGAGAUUGGUGAAACAGUGGGUGGCGAAGCGCUUUGAGUGGAACGAGGAGAACUGAGGUGGUGGUGGGAAGUGGAAGGAAGGGCUCUCUCUCUCUCUCUCUCUGGAUGGACUGGGGAUGUCUGGAGCUACUUUUCUUUUUUUCUUCUUACGACACUGGCGGGCGAGGCGAUUCCUACAUUUUUUUCUUCGCUCUCUUUUUCUCUUCUUUCUUCUUUCUUCUUUUGGGUUUUGGGGUUUGGGAGAGGGAGGGAGAUGAUCGAUGGAGAUUAGAUUAGAGAGGCAAGAGAGAGGCAAACGAGCGAACGCUUAUAUUCAUUCUACCAAAGCUGCUACAAAGAAGAGAGGCUGGAAAGGGAGCGUUUGGACAUGACGACGAUGACGUAGGGCUCCCAUCGCGUAAAUGUGAUUGAAUUGGAUACACAUACGUAGACAGCGAGUUCCUUUUUCGCGUUUGCAUCGUUGCCAUGCAAACGCAAAUCACUUUCGCGCUUGGAAAAGAUCCCCCCCUUGAAAGUAAGAGAGAGAGAGAGAGAGAGAGAGAGAGCUUAGCCGCGAUUUUCAAAGCCGCA